AUGGGCAUCAGCCAGUCGACCCUCAACCGGCGCAUAUCGGCGCUCGAAGAAGACCUCGGCACACGCCUGUUCGAACGCUCGACCAGCGGCAGCACCCUGACCGAGGCCGGAUCACGGCUGCUCGAACACGCCGAACGCAUGGAAGCGGAAACCUUGCGGAUCCGGGCAGGCCUUGCCGGCCCCGAUGCUCCGCUGACCGGAACCGUACGGAUCGGCGCGCCCGACGGGUUCGGCGUGGCCUUCCUCGCCGGGCGCAUCGGCACGUUCGCCGCGCGCCAUCCGCACCUGACGGUGCAGAUCGUUCCGGCAUCGCGCAACUUUUCCCUGUCGCGGCGCGAAGCCGACAUUGCCGUAACCGUGGGGCGGCCAUCCAAGGGAAGGCUGCGCGCCAAGAAGCUGACCGACUACACGCUGGGCCUUUAUGCGUCCGCCGACUAUCUGGCCCGGAUGUCGACGCCCCGCACCCACGACGAUCUUCGGAACCAUACACUGAUCGGCUAUGUCGACGACCUGAUCUUCGCUUCGCAACUGGAUUUCGCCGUCGACCUGCCGGUGAAGUGGCAAUCGCGGAUCGAGGUGUCGGGCGCCACAGGCCAGUUCGAAGUCGCGCGCGCCGGCGCGGGCAUCGGCAUCCUGCACCGCUUCAUGGCCGAGGACGACCCGGCGCUGGUCCGGGUUCUGCCGGAGAUCGCGCUGACGCGCAGCUAUUGGGCCGUCUGGCACGAAAGCCAUCAUGCCAGCCGCCGCGUGCGGGCCGUCAUCGACUUCCUGGACGAGGAACUCCUCGACACCGCGUGUCCCAUCGGCGACGAUCUUGACAUGGAAGUCGUGAUCGCCCGCCAUGAGAUGGACCUCGAGCACCUCGGGAAAAUCGGCCAUUGCCUUGCCGAACGCCUCAAGCACGCCGGUUUCGUGCUGGUCGAGCGAGACUUCCACCAUGACCGUUUCGCCGACACCGAGGGCUUCAUGAUUGAGGACCGCGGUGUAGCCGGCGAUGACGCCCUUUUCCUCCAGACGUUUGACCCGCUGCCAGCACGGGCUCGCCGACAAUCCGACGGCCUUGGCCAGUUCGGCAUUGGUCAGACGACCGUUCGCAACCAAGACGGAAAGCCCUGCCGGGCACGCAUUGGGAGCAGCAGUUUGGACUUCGCGCUUUCCGAGGGGCAGCAAAUGCUCUUCGACACGGCCUUCGAAUUCGGUCAGGAACAGAUCGCGCCGCACGCCCAAGCCUGGGAGCGCGCGGGCACGAUACCGCGAGAGCUGCUCGAAAACGCCGGCGCGCUUGGUUUCGGCGCCCUUUAUGUGCCCGAACAAAUGGGCGGGGCGGGUUUGUCACGCCUUGACGCGACGCUCGUGUUCGAGGCGCUGUCGGCGGCGUGCCCGUCUGUUGUAGCCUUUAUCUCGAUCCACAACAUGUGCACACACAUGGUCGCGCACAAUGGCACCGACGCGUUCAAGGAAGCAUGGCUGGAGAGCAUGACCUCCAUGCAGUCGAUCGCCUCUUACUGCCUGACCGAGCCGGGCUCCGGGUCCGAUGCAGCGGCGCUGCGGACCAGAGCAGUCAAAUCCGGCGGAGCCUAUACAUUGAACGGCACCAAGGCGUUCAUAUCGGGUGGCGGGUUUUCCGAUCUCUAUCUGGUCAUGUGCCGCACCGGCGAGGACGGCCCGCGCGGCAUUUCGGCGAUCGUCGUCCCCGACGGCGCCGAUGGGCUGAGCUUCGGCGCGGCGGAGCGCAAGAUGGGCUGGCGCGCCCAACCGACCGCGCAAGUGCAACUCGACGACUGCACCGUGCAGGAGAGCCAUUUGCUGGGCGCGGAGGGGGAAGGCUUCGCGCUCGCCAUGGCGGGCCUGGACGGCGGGCGGCUGAACAUCGCAGCCUGCGCGCUGGGGGGUGCGCAGGCCGCCCUGCGCAUGGCGCUCGACUAUGUCGGCGAGCGCCAGGCGUUCGGCCGGACCAUCGACCAGUUCCAGGGAUUGCAGUUCCGCCUCGCCGACAUGGAAACCGAGUUGCAGGCCGCGCGCGUCUUCCUGCGGCAGGCCGCGUGGAAACUCGACACGAAGAGCCAUGACGCGACGGUCCACUGCGCCAUGGCCAAGCGCUUCGUCACCGACACCGCCUUUCGUGUCGCCAACGAUGCUUUGCAGCUCCUGGGCGGCUAUGGCUAUCUUGAGGAUUACGGCAUCGAGAAGAUCGUUCGCGACCUGCGCGUCCACCAGAUUCUCGAAGGCACGAACGAGAUCAUGCGCGUCAUCACGGCGCGAUCGCUUCUGCGGGGCCGCGUCGGCCAUAUCACGCUGAACAGGCCAAAGGUGCUGAACGCGCUGUCGCCGGCCAUGAUCGAGGCCAUUUCGAAUGCGCUGUCCGACUGGGCGCGUGAUCGCGACAUUGCGAUGGUGCUGAUCGAUGCGGCGGGCGAGCGUGCCUUCUGCGCGGGCGGCGACAUCAAUGUGCUGUAUGAGCGCGCCCUUGCGGGCGAUCACGAGUUCGGCCGCGCCUUCUGGCGCGCCGAGUACCGCAUGAACGCGCAGAUCGCGCAUUUCCCCAAACCCUUCGUCGCCCUUGUCCACGGCAUCGUCAUGGGCGGCGGCGUUGGCGUGUCGCUGCACGGCUCUCACCGCGUCGUUGCCGACACGGUCACCUUCGCCAUGCCCGAAUGCGCGAUCGGGCUGAUCCCCGAUGUCGGCGCAUCGCUGCUGCUCGGGCGCACGCCGGGGCAUUUCGGCGAGUUUCUCGGUUUGACCGGGCGCCGUCUGGAUGCCGCCGAGAUGGUGCAUUGCGGUCUGGCCGACCAGAUCGUCGCGGCCGGGACGAUGGACGAUCUGCGUGCCUCGCUGCUCGAAAGCGGCGAUCCGGCGGAGGCAAAGAAGUUUGCGGUCGAUCCCGGCCAUGCAGCCAUCGCCGCCGAGAAGUCCUCGAUCAACGCGGUGUUCGGUCUUGAGACCAUCGAACUGAUCCAUGAGGCAUUGCGCGCGCUGGACAAUGACUGGGGCGCAGAGGUCCGGGGUCAACUCGACGCGGGCUCGGUGCUGUCCCAGCACAUCGCCCUGUCGACGAUCCGCAAGGCGCGCCGGCACGGAUCGGUCGUUGCCACCCUCCGGGACGAAUUCCGGUUCACGUCGCGGGCGACCGAACGCGCCGAACUGAUCGAAGGCAUCCGCGCCGCCGUCAUCGACAAGGACCGCAAUCCGCAAUGGCGCUACAGGACGCUGCAAGACGUGCCGGACCCGCUGCUUUCCGAGUUUUCCGAAAAGGCGCCCGGCGGAGCGGUGAUCACCAUGCUCCCCAACGGCGACAUCCUGCGCCAGGUCUAUGCGCACAUCGUUCCGGCGGCGCCCGCCGGGAGCCUUUUUGUCGACUGCACGACCGCCGAUGUGGACAGUGCGGUCGCCGCGGCCCGUGAAGCCGAACAAGCCGGACAUCUGGCGCUGGAUGCCCCGGUAUCCGGCGGUGUUGCGGGGGCGCAGGCCGGCACGCUGACAUUCAUGGUCGGCGGCUCGCCGGCCGCAUUCGAGCGGGCCGCGCCACUGCUCGACACGAUGGGCCAGCGGGCCAUUGCCUGCGGCCCGUCCGGCUCGGGACAGGCCGCCAAGAUCUGCAACAACAUGCUGCUCGGCAUCACCAUGGCCGGCACCUGCGAGGCGAUCGCUCUGGCCGACAGUCUCGGGCUCGACCGGCAGGCCUUCUUCGACGUGGUCUCGACGUCGUCGGGCCAGUGCUGGUCGGUCAACACCUACUGCCCGAUGCCGGGCAUCGGACCAGCCUCCCCGGCCGACAAUGAUUACAAGCCCGGCUUUGCCGCCGAACUGAUGCUCAAGGAUCUCGACUUGAGCCAGAAGGCCGCCGGCGCGUCCGGAACCGCGACGCCGCUUGGAGCGACGGCAUCCGAUCUCUACAGGGCGUUCGUGGAAGGCACCGGCACGGGCAAGGCGGUCAUGAGCGGGCCUGCGAUCGUCUGGGAACGGCGCGACCGCGUCCUGCUGAUCACCCUCAACCGACCCCGGCAGCUCAACGCGCUCAAUCGGGACACGGUGCGCGAGCUCAACGCGCUGCUGGUGCCGGCGGACAAAGACCCGGCGCUCGGCUGCGUGGUCAUUACCGGCAACGACAAGGCAUUCGCCGCCGGCGCGGACAUCAAGGAGAUGCAGGACAAGUCCUAUCAGGCCAUGGCGCGCGACGAUCAUUUCGCCGAAUGGGAGACAUUUGCCCGCCUGCGCACACCGCGCAUCGCCGCCGUCAACGGCUACGCGCUGGGUGGUGGCUGCGAACUGAUGCUGAUGUGCGAUUUCGCGAUCGCCGGCCGCUCGGCGAAAUUCGGCCUGCCGGAGAUCAAGCUCGGUGUCAUGCCGGGCAUGGGCGGCACGCAGCGGCUGCCCCGGCUGGUGGGUCGCGCGCUGGCCAUGGAUCUGAUUCUGACAGGCCGGAUGAUGGACGCCGCCGAGGCGCUCGCCGCCGGCCUUGUUGCGCGCCUCGUCGAUGACGAUGCGGUCGUGGAAACCGCCUUGAAGGCGGCCGAGACCAUCGCCGGCUAUUCGAAACCGGCCACCCUUCUGGCCCGCGAUGCCGUGAACCGUGCCGACGAGGUCUCGCUGUCGGAAGGCGCACUGUUCGAACGCCGGGUGUUUCACUCGCUUUUUGCGACCGAAGACCGGCGCGAGGGCAUGGCGGCCUUCGUCGAGAAGCGGAAGCCGACCUUCACCGGCAACUGA